AUGGUCACUGGGCAGUUGACAUGCCGGAGUUUAUCAUCCAAGAGCUACUUCGUACCCACUCAAGCCAGGACCUGUCCUCUUUCAUCGACGCCUAUUUAUGCGAAGUUCUGUCCAAUGAUGACUAAGCCAGGGGAAGGUGCCACAUUCAAACAAGCCCACGUGAUCAUUGACGGAAAGCAACCAGUUGUCUUUGAUCGCAAGCCUAGUCCCGGUCGCACCAGUUCUUUUACUGGUAGAGGUCUAUGGUCUGUGCAGUGGAACUUGCUGGCCCUCCAGGAGUGGAAAGGGGGGUACCCCGCAGUGGUCGUCUUCCUCCUUUUCUCUAUUUGA